UGAAGCUCAUCUUGCUCGGAGAAGAAAAUCCUCAGUCUCUCGUCAGUGUCUCAGUCCAAUGCUCUUCUUCGUAAAAGAUGCUGAGAACCAAGCUCUCAUCCACCAAUCCACCUAGGGUUUUUAGGGUUUUAAGGGUUUUGGGAGUUUCGAUUUCCACCUCCACGGUAUCCCCCACAACCCCUGCAUCCCCGCCGCACAACCACCUCCUCCCUCGCCAUAACCCCGUCGUUUUGGGCGGAAUCGGCUCUCUUCAAGCCAAAGAUGUGGUUCUCUCCUUCAAACAGUGGUUCAAAUCCCCCCAAAAUAUCCUCCUUAUGGACCAGAUUUUCCGAAUCCUCUCCGAUCUCCCGCCGGACGAUGCCGACGCCGCCCUCGGCCGCCUCCGCCUCCCGCUUUCGGAGCGGUUCGUUCUUGAUGUGCUUGCCCAUGGCAGUGAUGUUUUGUCUUGUCUUAAAUUCUUUGAUUGGGCUGGAAGGCAACCGGGGUUUCACCAUACCCGUGCCACGUUCCAUGCCACGUUCAAGAUCCUUGCUCGAGCGAAGCUCAUGUCGCUCAUGCUGGACUUCCUGCAGAAUUAUACGGAGCUCCGGUAUGUGCAUAGAGUUAGGUUCUAUGAUACCCUGGUGAUGGGUUAUGCGGUUGCGGGCAAGCCGGAGAUUGCCCUCCAACUGUUUGCGAAAAUGCGGUUUCAGGGUCUUGAUUUGGAUAGCUUUGCUUAUCAUGUUUUAUUGAAUGCGUUGGUGGAGGAGAAUUGUUUUGAUGCGUUUCGAGUUGUGGUGGAGCAGAUUAGGAUGAGGGGGCUUGAUAACGAGAUUACCCAUUCAAUUAUUGUGAAGAAUUUUUGCAAGCAGGGGCAGCUGGACGAGGCGAAAGCGUUUGUGGAACAGUUGGUCGAGAGCGGGAGAGUUGGAUUGAGUGGUGGGCAUAUGGUGGGUUUAAUUGUGGACGCUCUUUGUAAGAGGAAGAGGUUUGGGGAGGCGGGUAGGCUGGUGGAGGAAUUUCAGGGGUCUGGGAUGGUUUCCGUGGAGCAGGCUUAUGGAGUGUGGAUUAGGGAUCUUGUUCGGGCUGGGAGGCUUGAUGGGGCUCUGGAGUUCUUGCAUAGCAAAAAGGAGUCUGAGGGGUAUGUGCCUGAGGUAUGUGGUUAUAACAUUUUGAUAUGUAGGCUUUUGAGGGAGAAUCGACUUGAGGAGGUGCUUGAUUUAUUGAUGGAGAUGAGGGAGGGUCAGAUUUUGCCGGACAAGGUCACAAUGAAUGCUGUCUUGUGCUUCUUUUGUAAGGCUGGAAUGGUGGAUGUUGCUCUUGAGUUGUAUAAUUCAAGGGCAGAGUUUGGACUCUCUCCGAAUAGCAUGGCCUACAACUAUCUGAUUAACACUCUCUGUGGGGAUGGGAGCACUGAUGAAGCAUAUCACGUGUUAAAGCAUUCUCUUGAGCAAGGUUAUUUCCCAGGCAAGAAGACCUUUUCCAUUCUUGCUGACGCUUUGUGCCAAGAGGGGAAGCUGGACAAGAUGAAGGAGUUGGUCCUUGUUGCCUUGGAUCGCAAUAUUAUGCCAAGUGCUUCCACCUAUGACAAAUUUAUAUUAGCUCUUUGUAAAGCGAGGAGGGUAGAUGAUGGUUAUUUGAUACAGGGGGAACUCAACAAAAUAAAUAAGGUUGCUAGCAAAAAUACUUACUUUAAUAUGAUACGUGGGUUUAACAUUUUAAAUAGGGCAGAUAUUGCUGCCAGACUUCUUAUUGAAUUGCAAGAAAAAGGUCAUACCCCUACAAGGUCUUUGUUCAGAGCUGUUAUUUGUCGUCUUUGUGAUAUGGAUAAUGCAGAAAAGCAGUUUCUCAAACUGCUAGAGUUGCAGUUGUCUCACCAGGAGCCUAACUGUCAGGUUUACAACUUCUUCAUUGAUGGAGCUGGGCAUGCCAAAAAACCUGAGCUUGCUCGAGAAGUGUUUGAGAUGAUGGUAAGAAGUGGAAUUGUGCCAAAUUUGAGUUCUGACAUUCUGAUGUUGCAGAGUUACCUAAAGAAUGAAAGAAUCUCCGAUGCUCUAAAUUUCUUUAGUGACUUGCAAAAAAGGAGGAAGGUAGGGAGGAAACUAUGCAACACCAUGGUCGUUGGCCUUUGCAAAGCCAACAAGGUGGAUAUUGCAUUGGAAAUCCUGAAGGAAAUUAGGGAAAAAGGAGUAACUCCAAGUCUUGAAUGUUAUGAGGAGCUUGUGAAGGUACUUUGCACGAAUAAAAGAUACGAUGUGGUGGUAAAUCUUAUUGAUGACUUAGAGAGAGUUGGGCGGCAUGUUUCAUCCUUUAUUGGUAAUGUACUUUUGUUGCAUUCUUUGAAGACUCCGGAGCUUUUUGAGACUUGGGUGCAUGCUAAAGAUGCGCACAAUGAGAUUUCUUCUCCUAAUUUGAUUCUUGGCCAGCUAAUUGGUGAAUUUUCUGGUUGUAUUGGAGUGAACCAAGAUUUUAAUUACUUGGAAGAGGUUAUGCAACAGUGCUUUCCACUUGACCUCUACACUUACAAUAUGUUGUUGAGAAGACUUACUAGGAGCGACAUGGACCUUGCAUUGGAAUUGUUUAAUAGGAUAUGCCAGAAAGGGUAUGAACCCAAUAGAUGGACUUAUGAUAUCUUAGUACAUGGUCUGUUUAAGCAUGGUAGGACAUCUGAGGCCAAUAAAUGGGUGGAGGAGAUGUUCUGCAAAGGGUUUGAGCCAACGGAGGCUACCAAACUUCUCAUUUAAUAGGAGAUUUUCGGCAAAGGUUUCGAUCCAACCAAGCAUAUGAAACCAUUCAUCUAGGAGGAGAUCUUCAGAGGGUUCGAUCCAACUGAGCAUGCCAAACAAUUUAUCUAAUGGGGUUCAACCAACCAAGCAACCAAUCUAUUCAUCUAUUAAGUAAUUAACAGUCUCCUGUGUAGGAGAGUUAAAGGUAUAAAGUUAAACAUUCACAAUCAAUGUUUGCUGCCUCAGUAAGAUUGAUCAUCUGAGAUAUUUUGUUUCCUGUACAUUGCUUUCUUUCAUGCCUUUUUCCCUCAACGGCAACAAGAGAUGGUGUACCACAAUUUCCCUCAACAAAUUUCUUUCAUGUCAUUCAAUCUAUUCAUUUUUUGAAUGGCAAUGGAUAAAGAGUCUAACUUCAUGUCUUGUGUUGUAUCAGAUUGAUGGAGAAGUUCAUUUUGAUUCUUUUUGUCUUGCUUAGAUGGUGUACCACAAUUUGUUGUAUAAGAAAAAAAGCUACACAUCCUUGUUUGUUUUUUAAUUUGUUUUCUCCUUCAUGGUGAAUAACCCUCCCGUUUUUACACAUAUUAGAUUUUUUUUUUCUUUUCUUUUUUCUUUUUAACAUUAGAAACAAGCAUUGUAUUUCAAUUAAUAAGGGGAAAAAAGGAUGAGCCUUAACACAGCUAAACUAUUUUAAGAAGGUGGCAAAACAAUUGGGGCAGAAGCCUAGUGAUGAAGCAGCCAAGAAAAUGUUCUUAAAGCUGUUUACUUGAUCGGCAUCAUAAACGACUACUUAGUCCCUUCCUUAGGAAACCUUCUGUGCUUCAGUCCUACUCAAGAGUAAUAGCAUCUUUUACAAACCAUUUUUUCUACUUAAUAUUAUAGAGAGCAGUAAUUUUUUAUAUAAAAUACCAGGUUGGUUUUAUUUUACUUUUUCUAUGUUUUGCCCUUGAUGUUUUUCUAUGUUUCAGGAAAUACAUAAGCAAGGAGAAAGGAAGUCCUUUCUUAGGCUCAGGGACAGGACUGAUAGGGUUGGAAUUGAGAUCCCAAAAAUUGAAGCCCAGCUUAAGCACUUGUCAGUAGAAGGAGAUGCAUAUGUUAGGACCAGGGCACUUCCUACUCUGCUCAAUUCUACAAUGAACUUCAUGGGGAAUUGCUAAUGAACAAUUCUCUGCAAUAUUCCUAUCCACUGUUGAGGGUCUUUUUGGAAUACCUCCCUCUUAGCAUUAAGAAUUUUUCUAAAAAGUGUUGUUGAUGGUCCCACAAGGUAAUUUGAGAUUCAGUUGCCAGUAUUCCAGAAAUGGGGUUGUCUGCCUCUAAUGUUAAUACUCCAAUAUGUGGGAUAUGCUUUAAUGACUAUGAUGAACUUUUCAUAGUGUCAGAUUUGAA